GAAUCUGCACAAAGGCUUUUGUGCUUUUCUGAUAUAUGAGAAUAUAUACAGAAUGAGGUAUCCUAAAUGGCGAAAUGUCUUUCUACUUCUGGUGAUUAUGCUGGCCAUUAUUGCAUCGUUGGUCAACGGAAGAAGGCGGAAGAACAGAAACAGGAAACGAAGCUCAAAUUCAAGAUAUAUGAGUGACUUUGCAGUCCGUAGGAACUUCGUUAUUGUCUCGGGUGACAUUUAUUUUGGAGCGUUAAUGCAAAUUCACAAUGGUGGAAGAAAUGACAUUUGCGGGAAUUUAUCUCAUACGUCUAUACUAGAACUUGAAGCUCUGCUAUAUACAGUAGAGAUGAUAAAUAUUCAUACAUCUUUACUGCCGGGCAUCAAAUUGGGGGUUUAUGUACGGGACACGUGUGAAGACCCGGAUCAUGCUUUAAAACAAGCCUUAACCAUUAUGGAGGGUCGUUACUCAGAGAGUCCGCGAUGGUCUUAUCGAUGUCGAGGUGGAGAAAUCGCCAAGUCAUUGCUGCCAACCAUUAACGGAAUCAUAACCAGCAUCGACUCGCCGGCAGCCAAUGUCCAAGCAGCGUCUUUAUUGCAGUUAUUCCGUAUCCCGCAGAUCAAUGCAAAAUCUCGGAGCCCUUUAUUUCGAACAGUCGGAAGGUUUCCUUACCUGCACCAUUCGGUUCCAACUUACUUUCAACAGCUUGAGAUCGUGACAGAGUUGCUUAAACACAUGAAAUGGUCAUAUAUAAACGUCAUCUUUGAAGAAUCAAAGUACGGCGCGUGGUUGACUUAUAAACUCCAGGAAAUCCUCAGGAACAAUCGUAUCUGCAUUGCUGCAAAUAUGAUGAUUCCGACGUUCAGUAACACCUUAGGAAAGAAACAGUCUUAUGACAUGAUUGCUACCCGUCUUCUACACCAUCCAUUGGCACGAGGUGUCCUCAUAGUAACGGAAUCUGACGAGACUGCGGCGGAGACGAGUGACCUUUCGCUUGUCUUAGAUUCUGAGGUCUACAGUUAG